AUGGAUAAAAGAUGGAAUCUUCAAGGUAUGACUGCUCUUGUGACAGGUGGGGCGAGCGGAAUCGGGUAUGCCAUAGUAGAGGAGCUAGCCGGUUUUGGAGCUAGAAUUCAUGCAUGUGACAUAUCUGAAACAUUGCUUUAUCAAAGUUUAAGAGAAUGGGAAAAGAAAGGGUUUCAAGUGACUGGUUCCAUCUGUGAUGUAUCCUCUCGUCCCGAGAGAGAAACACUUAUGCAAACCGUUUCAACUAUUUUCGAUGGCAAGCUGAACAUCCUUGUCAGUAUUCUUUCAGUUUCAAGAAACCAAAAAUAUGCUUUCUAAGAAAAGUAGAAAACUAACUAUUAAUUAACCGAAUAAGCAGUGACACUUAUAGUAAAACUUUUGCUACUCGUUCUUUUUGUUCCACAUAGGUGAACAACG